CAGCAACUCUCAAAGCCAAAGAGGAGUGAGAAAGAGGCAGAGGGAAUCACAGUUCAAGCUUUUCUUCUCCUUUUCCGAAAAUGUUCAUUGAGAGUUUUAAGGUCGAGAGCCCUAAUGUGAAGUACACAGACUCUGAGAUUCAGUCUGUGUACAACUACGAGACCACUGAACUUGUCCAUGAAAACCGAAAUGGCAAGUAUCAGUGGAUCGUCAAGCCCAAAACUGUCAAAUACGAAUUUGUGACAAACACUAACGUCCCUAAAUUAGGGGUGAUGCUUGUUGGUUGGGGUGGAAACAACGGUUCUACGCUCACUGGUGGUGUUAUUGCGAACCGAGAGGGUAUUUCGUGGGCUACGAAGGACAAAAUUCAACAAGCCAAUUACUUUGGCUCCUUAACCCAGGCAUCAGCCAUCAGAGUGGGGUCCUUCAAUGGCGAGGAAAUUUAUGCCCCAUUCAAAAGCCUGCUUCCUAUGGUGAACCCAGAAGGCAUAGUAUUUGGAGGAUGGGAUAUUAGUGACAUGAAUCUGGCUGAUGCGAUGGCAAGAGCUAAGGUGUUUGAUAUUGAUCUGCAAAAGCAGCUUAGGCCCUACAUGGAGUCCAUGGUUCCACUCCCUGGAAUCUAUGACCCGGAUUUUAUUGCUGCCAACCAAGGUGAUCGGGCCAACAAUGUGAUUAAGAGCACUAAGAAAGAACAAGUUCAACAGAUCAUCAAAGACAUAAAGGAGUUUAAGGAAGCCAACAAAGUCGACAGGGUGGUUGUGCUUUGGACGGCCAACACUGAGAGGUACAGUAAUGUCAUCGUGGGGCUGAACGAUACCAUGGAAAACCUCUUGGCUGCUUUGGACAGGAAUGAAUCUGAGAUUUCUCCUUCCACUUUGUAUGCCAUAGCUUGUGUUCUGGAAGAUGUGCCUUUUAUCAAUGGAAGCCCUCAGAACACUUUUGUCCCAGGCCUGAUUGACUUGGCGAUCCAGAGAAACAGUUUGAUUGGUGGUGAUGACUUUAAGAGUGGUCAGACCAAAAUGAAAUCUGUGUUGGUCGACUUCCUUGUUGGGGCUGGUAUUAAGCCAACUUCCAUAGUGAGUUACAACCAUCUGGGAAACAACGAUGGGAUGAACCUCUCAGCUCCACAAACCUUCCGUUCUAAGGAAAUCUCCAAGAGCAAUGUCGUUGAUGAUAUGGUCAACAGCAACGCCAUCCUCUAUGAAUCUGGCGAGCAUCCUGACCAUGUCGUUGUUAUCAAGUAUGUGCCUUACGUGGGAGACAGCAAGAGGGCCAUGGAUGAGUACACUUCAGAGAUAUUCAUGGGUGGAAAGAACACAAUUGUGAUGCAUAACACAUGCGAGGAUUCCCUAUUGGCUGCUCCCAUCAUCUUGGAUUUGGUCCUCCUUGCUGAGCUGAGCACUAGAAUCCAGUUCAAAGCUGAAGGAGAGGGCAAGUUCCAUUCCUUCCACCCAGUCGCAGCCAUCCUCAGUUACCUCACCAAGGCUCCUCUGGUCCCACCAGGUACACCAGUGGUGAAUGCAUUGUCAAAGCAGCGUGCUAUGCUGGAAAACAUCAUGAGGGCUUGUGUUGGAUUGGCUCCUGAGAACAACAUGAUUCUGGAGUACAAGUGAAGAUGGACUGGUUUCCCAGUUCCUUUAUGAAUAUGUAUUCGCAUGAUUUCGCUUGUGUAAUAUCUGGCAAAUGUGUAUGUUUUCAGCGUUCCGUUUUUUAGUUUUUGCAAGGGCUGCUCCUCUUGUGCGUAGCUUGCCCUGUUAUCUGCUUUUGCUUAUUUUAUUUAAGAGCAGGCAAUCUCAAGUGUUUUAGAUGAAAGUAAAUGCAAGUAUUUUCUAUAUAUUUUCUGGAA